AUGUCUGCAGCUGUACAGGGAGCCAUCUCCAAGCGCCGCAAGUUCGUGGCCGACGGUGUGUUCUACGCCGAGUUGAACGAGUUCUUCCAGCGCGAAUUGGCUGAGGAGGGCUACUCCGGUGUCGAAGUCCGUGUCACUCCUACCGUUACCGAUAUCAUUAUCCGCGCCACUCACACGCAAGAAGUUUUGGGUGAACAGGGCCGUCGCAUCCGUGAACUCACCUCCCUCAUCCAGAAGCGAUUCAAGUUCCCAGAGAACUCCGUCUCCCUCUAUGCCGCUAAGGUCCAGAACCGUGGUCUCUCUGCCGUUGCUCAGUGCGAGAGCUUGAGAUACAAGCUUCUCAACGGUUUGGCCGUCCGAAGAGCUUGCUAUGGUGUUCUCCGAUUCAUCAUGGAGAGCGGUGCUAAGGGUUGUGAGGUCGUUGUUUCUGGAAAGCUACGAGCUGCCCGUGCCAAGAGCAUGAAGUUCACCGAUGGUUUCAUGAUCCACUCCGGUCAGCCAGCUCGCGACUUCAUUGACCACGCCACUCGUCACGUCCUCCUCCGCCAGGGUGUUCUCGGUAUCAAGGUCAAGAUCAUGCGCGGUAGUGAUCCAGAGGGCAAGUCUGGUCCUCAGAAGACUCUUCCAGAUUCCGUCACUAUCAUUGAGCCAAAGGAAGAACAGCCCGUCCUCCAGCCAAUGAGCCAGGACUACGGAGCUAAGGCUGCUGCUGCCCAACAGCUUGCUGAACAACAGCGGCUAGCUGAGCAGGAGCAGGAGGGUCAGGUUGUAGAGGGCGACGCCGCAGAGCCUCAAGAGUAA